UACCCACUUUCUUCUUUCUCUCUUCAUCAUUGACCUAUAAUUCUCUCACUUCAGUAGUAGCAGCAUUUCACUUCAGAAAAAAAGUACAUUACAAGCCAGCAUUUACAGCAUUAUAUAACAAAUAACCAUGGCUAAAGUUGCUGCUCUUCUUUCUCUCAUGUUCUUAUUGUCUAUCACAUCAAGUAUGAAUGUGAUCAAGGCUAAUGGGCAGAAAACAUGGUGUGUGGCUAAACCUUCAUCAGAUCAAGCAACACUUUUGUCCAACAUCAACUAUGCAUGCUCUCAAGUUGAUUGCAAGAUUCUGCAGAAAGGGUGUCCCUGUUCUACCCCUGAAAGUCUCAUCAACCGUGCAUCCAUAGCCAUGAAUCUCUAUUACCAAUCAAGGGGAAGGAACCAUUGGAACUGUGAUUUCAGAGCCUCUGGCCUAGUUGUUGUUACUGACCCUAGUUAUGGUAACUGCAUUUAUGCAUAGAAAUGGAGUUUACCGAAGUAUACGCCUUGGUUUAUAUUUAUACAUAGGCAAAAUUUGGUAGUGGAUUCCGGUGUAGUGCUGUAAUCUUCUUCUUGUUCUAGUAAAUGUUCUUGUAUCUUUAUUAUGUUGCCAUUCUCAACCAGUGGAUGGAUAUUUAGCCAUAUAUAUACGCGGCAUUAUAUUUAUGAAAUCAAAUUUUGCCUUC